UCUAACAUGUUCUUGUUUAUUAUUGUGUUUUGUGUGCUGACAUUUGACGACGUGUUUUCGAAACGCGUGCUCAACUAAUCACACGAAUUUGUUGCUUUAUGAAGAACUAGUGUCAUAAAGUGCUUAGCAAAAUGGUUAAAAUUAAAAAGGCCACAUCCAAGAAGCGUAAAGUCCCAAACGGAAAAAAGAACAAUGACGAAUGCAACAGUUUGGGCAAAUUCAGCAACACGGAAAAGCUGGAAGAUGAGUAUCGGAUGCAAAUUAACGAUCAGGUCUAUCUUUUAGAUGAUACCAAGCCGUUGCUGCCCAUCAAAACGAAAGAUGGGGGUAUCGUGAGUCGGAGAGGUGAAAUUGUUGCAACAAAAGCUAAACGUCGCAAAGCUGUCGGAGAAGAUGCGGUGGAAACCGCGGGUGAGGAAACUACCAAACCCGCUGAGAAUUUAGCUAAGCCGGAAGUAAGCACCGCUGAUAUGAUACUGGAACGCGAUGAAGAGAUUGAGCGACAGAAAUUCUACAUAGGCGUUAUGUGUGCCUCGAUCCUGGAGAGUCCCGAAACGAAGACAAAACAUUUAACCACUCUGUUGGAUCUUAUCGCUCCAACGACGCAAAACGGGAAGGUCAACAUGUUUGUCGUUAGGAAAAUGGCAAUGAUAUCGUUGGUGGAGGUGUUUAAGGAUAUUGUUCCCGAAUACAGACUGGGAAUUAUAGAUACCGAGUCACAAAAGCUGAAGAAAACUACUUUAGCUCGGGUUAAUUUCGAGAAUGAAUUACUGCUUCAAUACAAGAAGUUCUUGGUUCUCAUGGAAAGCUUAACUCAACCAGUGCAGCGGAAGCACCGAAGUGGCAGGACGAAAUCGUUGGAGGAACUCCAACUUGCGGAGAUCGCGGUUCAAUGUAUGUGCGAUUUGUUGAACGCUCAUCCUUACUUCAAUUAUGGCAUGAAUGUGGGACAGAUGUUGGUCACAUUAUUGAACUCCGACGUGGAAAGCGUCCGCCAGCGUGUGCGCACUUGUUUCUGUACUUUGUUCAAAUCGGAUACCCGUUUGGAUUUGAGCAAACACAUUGUUCGUCAUUUGAAUCAACUCGUGAAAAAGAAGGAACACAAUGUUCACCCGGAAAUGGUUUCCUGUCUCAAAUAUUUACCAAUAAAAGACUUCAAUUUAAACGCUGUUAGGGAGAGCGAAAUCAAGAAGAAAAAGCUGGAAGCUCACAAAUCGCGCGUUAUCAAUAUGUCCAGACAGGAGCGCAAACGGAAGAAGAAACUUGCGGAGCUGGAGAGGGAGCUGUUUGAGACUAAGGCAGAGGAGAGCGCCCAAAUUAAGCAGAAGAAGCUGACCGAUCUGACUAAAUUGGUGUUCACUAUAUUCUUCCGUAUCCUCAAAAUCGCACCGAAGUCGAAAUUACUGAGCGUGACCCUGGAAGGAUUGUCCAAAUUUGCUCACACAAUAAACAUUGAGUUCUUCUCUGAUUUGGUUGAAGUACUCAACAAUCUGUUGGUUCAUGAAAAUUUGGGAUGCCGAGAACAGCUGCAUUGCAUCCAGACGGUAUUCACCGUUCUCAGGGGACAAGGAGAGGUCCUCAACAUAGAUCCGGCACGAUUCUAUACCCAUCUGUACAAGAAUCUACUCAGUGUUCACGCGGGAAAAUCCCACGACGAUUUGGAAUCCAUACUCAGCACUUUGGAUCACGUUCUGAUGAAGCGACAGAUCAACAUCACCUAUCAUCGUCAUUUAGCGUUCAUCAAGCGACUUUCGAUGAUGAGUCUGCAUUUGCUGCACUUCGGCACGCUCGGAUGUCUGGGCGUUAUCAGAAACGGGCUGAUAGCCAAAGGCUCGCUUGACAUUCUGCUGGACACGGAAUCGAGUGUGGGUUCGGGCGAAUAUGAUCCCGAGGUGGAGGAACCGGAAUUCAGCAAUGCGAGUAGCGCCAGUUUGUACGAACUGUCGGCGCUCCAUCGGCACUACCACCCGUGCGUGAGGAAGUUUGCCCGAAACAUUUCCGGUGGAGUGCCAACCUCCGGAGCCGGAAUGCUGCCGCCGGAUUUGGUGAAACUCGCGCCGCAUGAGUUGUACACGACGUAUGACAGCUCGAAGAUGGUGUUCAAUCCGGCUAUACCCGUGCCCAAGCAGAAGCAGACCGCCGUGGAGGGAAUUAGAUUGUAUAUAUUCGCGGAUCAUGAGUUUGAGAAGCAUUGCAUGAGGGCACAAAAUAUGCAACAGAGCGAUGUUAGUUAUGACUUUUUCGGUGAUUUGCUGAAAGCUUGAGUAGUAAAAUUGUAAUGGCUGAAUUUAGAAAUAA